GAUCAGAUAAAAAAAAUAAAAUCAGAUAAAAAAAAUAAGAUCAACUAAAGAGACCCUUAGCUCUCGUAAACCUUCACAAACCCUCCUCUCUUGCGCCUCCCUUUCCCUCUCCGUCGUCUCUUCUCUCUUUCAGCGACUCUUUCUCUCACCGAAGAUGGUUUUGCAAAAUGAUAUCGACUUGUUGAACCCACCGGCUGAGCUUGAGAAGAAGAAGCACAAACUUAAGCGUCUUGUGCAAUCUCCAAACUCUUUCUUCAUGGAUGUUAAAUGCCAGGGAUGCUUCAAUAUUACCACCGUCUUUAGCCAUUCCCAGACUGUUGUGGUGUGUGGGAAUUGCCAAACAGUUUUAUGCCAGCCCACAGGAGGUCGUGCCAGACUUACCGAGGGUUGUUCCUUUAGGAGAAAGGGAGACUAAACAAACACUGGAGUAAUUUUGUUGCCAUAAAGAGUAUGUGCCUAGCUAUGUGUUGGUGUCGUGAACAUCCUUUUGUCACUUAAAAUUUCUGUUAUGUUAAUUAUGUUUUUCAAGUGCUCGAAAGUGGCCCAAGAACUUCAGUUGAUACUAGCAGUAGUCUUAUGGUAUGAAUCAAUUUUGUUCUGAAAGAUUGGUUUUGAGUGGCAUUUUGGUUGUAGGGAUUAGCAAAUUUUUGUGAUGCCAAUACUUUCUUAUUUGUAUUUUUGAUAAAAGGAUCAAGUUUAUUUUCUUA